CCUGAAUAUAGUACGAAGCCAAUGAAUUGCACAAAAGGAGUCGAUGUAUUGCAGCUGCAUAACAACCAUCUAGGUAAGGACUACAUAUUAAAUAGGUUGUUCGAGGUGAGAUGAGCAUCGAGUUGUAAAACUUGCCAACUACAAUUUUGAACCUCCUCACCAUUCCUAACCCCAACAAAAAACACCAUGGGAUCGGGCAAAGUCGAGGUCAUACAAUAUCUUGUCGACACCCGGCAAUUAUGGCCCGGGGCGACUAAGACAAAAGACCUCGAGAAAGAGGCCUCGCGCGCGUUGGCACUCCUCACCGAGGAUGAGAAGAAGGGCGUUCUAAAGUAUUACUUCGUCGCCGAUGCAAAGAUGUCGUUGACCUCGCAACUGCUGAAGCACUGGGUCGUCAGCAAAUAUGCUGGCGUCUCGUGGUGGGACACUAAGCUGACGCGGGACGAGAAGACCAAACCAGUGUACGUGGACCCCGCUACGGGCAAGCAGCCCGUCGCCUUCAACGUCAGCCACCAGGCUGGCAUCGUCGCCCUCGUGGCCGUAGCCGGGUACGACGGCAAAGUUGACGUCGGCACCGACGUGGUGUGCACGAGCGAGCGCCGCGCCCGCGACCACAAGGUCAUCAACACGGAGUGCUGGGCCAGCUUCGUCGACCUGCACUCGGACGUGUUCGGCAGGUCCGAGGCGGGCUACCUGAAGAGCGACCUCCUGACCACCCAGACGGACCUUCCGCCGCAGGCGCGCGGCGACGAGAUCGUCGACUUCAAGCUGCGGGCGUUCUACACGCUGUGGUGCCUGCGCGAGGCGUACGUCAAGAUGACGGGGGAGGCGCUCCUGGCGCCGUGGCUCAAGGACCUAGAGUUCAAGCGGUUCCGGGCUCCGCGCCCAGGGCGGGAGUUCGCGCAGCUGCCGGACGGUGAGCUGGUCGACAAGCAGGAGGUCAUCAAGGAGCACGAGAUCUUGUUCCACGGGGAAAAGGUCGAUGAUGCGAACAUCUGCCUGCGCUCCCUGGGGCCGGACUACAUGACCUGCUCUGCCAUCCGGACGCCGGACCGCAGGGGAGACGCGCUCAGCUGGGACUUGGGACCGUACGAGUUCCUGCCGAUGAACCAGAUCUUGUCUGACGCGGAAGAGCGGCUGGAGGAGUGAUUUUGGGAGGAGUGGAUAGAGUCGAGUCACCCAUCUUUAUGCGUUACGAAGAUUACGAGGGUAUAUAUGAACAUUUAUUUCAAGUCAUUAGACCAUCAUCUAUUUCUAUCUAGAGUAGCUGCCUACAGGAUCUAGGUUCAGGCUAGGCUAAGAUGGCGAAGGGUUGUGCUGUUAUAGCAUCUAGAGGAGGGUUAUGGUCACAUCGGCAUACACCCCCAACUCAUGCAAGGUGACGGCAGUAUGCGGCAGGUGAUCUUCAUUUGGGACUACCCAACAUGACCCUUUUUUAUGUGACCCUAUAUAAGUUCAACGUGACGGUUACCCAGAUACCUAGAAAGAGCCAUAUGGUGGGUUAUAUAGUUGCAAUUUUACUACCCAUAGCGAUGUCAUAUUCACUUCUUAUGCGAGUUAGACUCUACCUACCUGGUAUGUAACUGCCCAGGUGGUGAACUCGAGACUUUAAGCGUUAAAGAUUAUUCAAUAAUAAUGAAUAAAUGUAAGGUGAGCAAUUGGGGGUUAUGCUUUAUACUAAGGUUUUGCACAUACUCUAACGCCGGAUAGUAUUCUGUUUCACAGCAUGUGUAGAAGGAGAGAGAAGGAAUAUAUCACCUCUUAUGCAUCAGCGUACCCAGGUACAUUCUAUUAGGCAUUAACACCGU